UUUUAAGGAAAUGCCAAAUUGAUUUCCAAAGUGGUUGUACCAUUUGACAUUCCCACCAGCAGUGUAUAAGUGUUCCAAUCUCUCCACAGACUCUCCAACAUUUAUUAUUUUGUGUUUUUUUGAUUAAUGGCAGCCUUGUUGGAGUGAGAUGGAAUCUCAUUGUAGUUUUAAUUUGCAUUUCUCUAAUGGCUAAUGAUCAAGAGCAUUUCCUCAUGUAUCUGUUAGCCACCUGAAUGUCUUCUUUAGUGAAGUGUCUGUUCAUAAUCUUUGCCCAAUUUUUAAUUGGGUGGUUUGUCUCUUUGUGGUUGAGUUUUAGCAGAAUCAUAUGGAUUUUAGAGAUCAGGCACUGGUCGGAGAUGUUGUAGCUGAAAAUUUUUUCCCAGUCUCUAGGUGGUCUUUUUACUCUUUUGGUGAAGUCUUUAGAUGAGCAUAGGUGUUUGAUUUUUAGGAGCUCCCAGUUAUCUGGUUUCUCUUCGUCAUUUUUAAUAAUGUUUUGUAUUCUGUUUAUGCCUUGUAUUAGGGCUCCUAAUGUUGUCCCUAUUUUUUCUUCCAUGAUCUUUAUCGUUUUAGACUUUAUGUUUAGGUCUUUGAUCCAUUUGGAGUUAGUUUUUGUGCAUCGUGUGAGGUAUGGGUCCUGUUUCAUUUUUUUUGCAGAUGGAUAUCCAGUUAUGAAGGCUAUGAAUAUUUUUAAGACCCUUAAUACAUCUUAGGGUGUCAUUAAAAAGUAUUUCCUUGUAUUUCUUUCAUUUCGGUGCUUUUUUUUCUUUUUUAAAAAAUUGCCAUAAAAAUAUAGAUAACACAAAAUUUCCAAUUCUUGUAUUUCUUUAUGUAGUUCAUAAGAAGCUUGACCUAAACCUCCACUUGUUUUUAUAACCCUCUUUCCCUCUGUCUUUUUUGAUAUUGUCAUUGCAGAACUGGCCCAAAGUUUCAGUGUAGUCAGCAAACCUUUGAAAUUCUAAAUCAUGGAGACCAAUCAGGAAACUUCUCUCUUCUUGGUGAAGAUCUUGGAGGAGCUGGACAGCAAGCAAAACACCGUGUCCUACCAGGACCUGUGCAAAUCCCUGUGUGCCCGCUUUGAUCUGUCGCAGCUCGCCAAGCUGAGAAGCGUGCUCUUCUAUACGGCUUGUCUCGAUCCCAAUUUUCCAGCCACGUUAUUCAAAGACAAGAUGAAAUGCACCGUGAAUAACCAGCAAUCAAAGAAAAUCAUGGUGGCCGCGGACAUUGUGACUAUAUUCAACCUGAUCCAGAUGAAUGGGGGAGCCGCCAAGGAGAAGCUGCCUACCAGCCGCCAGAAAGUCCGCAAGAAGGAGUCGUCCUUCGAGUCGUGCCGCUCGGACACCGAGAUCUGCCAUGUGGCCGAGUGCGAGCCCCUGAACUGCGAGCUGAACGAGCGGCCUUUCAGCCGGGGCUACCCCACCCGGCAGUCGUCCAAGUGCCGGAAGAUGGACUGCAAGGACUGCCCGCAGUUUGUCCCUGCGUCCGAGCCCAACUUCUUGUUGGGUGUCAGCAAGGAGGUGAAAAACCGAGCGGCAUCCCUGGACAGGCUGCAGGCCCUGGCCCCGUACUCGGUCGGCAGCCCCCAGCCCUGCGAGAUGCAGAGAACCUAUUUCCCCAUGAACAUUGAGAACGAGUCCAUUUCGGAUCAGGACUCCCUGCCCAUCAACCCGGGCAUCAAGGAGACUUUCAUUUCCAACGAGGAGCCUUUCGUGGUCCAGUCCUGUGUCCAGAAAAGGAACAUUUUCAAAGAGGACUUUCACAAUCUGAUGACGGUGUCCCCGGGUUUGGUAUGCCCCGCUAGUAAAGCAGAGGGUGAGCAUGGGGAGCCCCAGAGUCGAAAGGAGCCUCACAAGCCGCCCUUCUUUAACCACAGCUUUGAAAUGCCCUACAACAGCCAGUACCUGAACCCCAUGUAUUCUCCGGUUCCUGACAAAAGGCGGGUGAAGCAUGAAAGCUUAGAUGACCUUCAAACGUCUACGUAUUUCGGUCCCACCCCAGUGGUGGGAGCCCAGGAAGCCCGGAGGUGUCCCGGGAGGCCAAGCAAGCAGACCCCCUGGCCAGCCAAAAGCUGGAGCCUAAACACCGAAGAAGUCCCUGACUUUGAACGGUCCUUUUUCAAUAGAAAUCCCUCUGAGGAGAAGCUCCGUUACCCCAAUUCCAGCAGCCAGUCCCCCAAUUUUCCAGGCCCAGACAGGCGCCAAGCUUACCUCUCACCAAAGGAGCAACCGCAGAUGCUGCCUGUUGGCUACGCAGCAAAAACCAACGGGCUCAAAUCUAAAGAGAUCCCGUCCCCCGUGGACCUGGACAAACACGAACCGGUCAAAAAAUUUAAGGACAAGAGCAUCAGCUGCACCAGCGGGCAGCUCAGCUCAGACACCAGUAGCGUGGGCACCCAGACAGAGCAGCACGCGCUGGAGCCCAAGAAAUGCAAAGACGUGAGCGCCUCCGGCCAGGGCAAGUACAGCGACAGACACGCCAUGAAGCAGUCAGACGAUGACUCGGAGAUCGUCAGCGAUGACAUCAGUGACAUCUUCCGCUUUCUGGAUGACAUGAGCAUCAGUGGCUCCACCGGGGUGAUACAGUCGUCCUGCUACAACAGCACGGGGUCCUUGUCUCAGCUUCCUAAGUCAGACUGCGACAGUUCACCGGAGCACAGCCUACCCAAGAUGGCCAACGGGGUCCCCAACAGCAAGGGGGACCAGGGCAACCGGCCUGAAAACCACCACCACUCGGAAGAAGAGCUGAAGACCAGCGUGUGCAAACUGGUGCUCAGGAUCGGAGAAAUUGAACGGAAGCUCGAAUCGCUGUCCGGUGUCCGCGAGGAGAUCUCCCAGGUCUUGGGCAAGCUAAAUAAAUUGGAUCAGAAAAUGCAGCAGCCCGAGAAGGUGAGUGUGCAGAUCGAUCUGAACUCCUUGACGAGCGAGGCUCCAUCCGACGACAGCGCCUCCCCGCGGAUGUUCCGUGCGCACAAUGGCUCCCACGGACCCAAGCUGGAGAACAACGCCGACUGGUGCUGCUCUGACGCGAGCGGAAGCAACAGCGAAAGCCUGCGUGUCAAGGCCUUAAAAAAAAGCCUCUUCACCAGGCCGUCCUCUAGGUCCCUGACCGAGGAGAACAGUGCCACGGAAUCCAAGAUCGCCAGCAUCUCCAACUCCCCCCGAGACUGGCGCACCAUCACCUACUCCAACCGCGUGGGUCUCCACGAGGAGGAGCUGAAAGACAGAGGCCCCGGGGACAAUAAAGAUUGGCAUCGAAAAUCUAAAGAGGCAGACAGGCAGUACGACAUUCCCCCGCAGCACCGGCUGCCCAAGCAGCCCAAAGACAGCGGCUUCCUGGUGGAGCAGGUGUUCAGCCCUCACCCCUACCCCGCCUCCCUCAAAGCCCACAUGAAGAGCAACCCUCUGUACACGGACAUGCGACUGACAGAGCUGGCCGAGGUGAAGCGGGGCCAGCCUUCUUGGACCAUCGAGGAGUAUGCGCGAAAUGCGGGCGACAAGGGCAAGCUGACAGCUCUGGACCUGCAGGCACAAGAAUCUUUAAACCCAAACAACUUAGAAUACUGGAUGGAAGAUAUUUAUACUCCAGGCUACGACUCCUUGCUAAAACGCAAAGAAGCCGAAUUCAGACGAGCCAAGGUCUGCAAAAUAGCAGCUCUGAUUGCGGCUGCCGCAUGCACAGUCAUCCUGGUCAUUGUUGUGCCCAUCUGCACCAUGAAGUCCUGAGUCGAUGGACACAGUAUUACGGACAGCUUAGGGCUACCAGUGUCUUCCCGUGUUUUAAAAUCUUGCGGCAAAAGUCGUAACCGUUUGUUGAACUAAAGACGAAAUCUUGGAGACUUUUCUGAAAAUGCUGUAGGUGGUCUUCAGAAAAUAUACAUUCUAGAGAGAAAUCUACCUACCUAUUAGCUUUGACUUAACUACUUUGAUGCAUUUUUAGAAGUGUAAUAUUUUUUUCCCACCAAAAGAAUGUAAUGAACUACCAGUAGAUCCAAAAUUAAUUUCAAGCAAAAAAAAAAAAAAAGAGAUUAAUUGGACUCUUCCCAUUUUGAUGAAGUUUUACGGUGGGGAAUAUGCUAUACAGAAUAUAUUUAAUACAUUCCUCUUUGGGGGAAGCUAAGGGAGAUGGCAAGAUGAGAAGAAAAAGUAGAUGUUCUAUUUUCCUGAAUGUUCUUAGAUGGUUGUUGGUAAAGUAGUAGAGAUGUAUCCAUAAAGGAUGUUAUUUCUCUGCUGGCUUGUUAAGGGCUACGGACUCUUCAUUCUUGCCCUUCUGUCACUGGUAUGGUCCUCACUGCAGAUCUUCAUGGAAACAUUCUGGACCUUCUUCCUUGUGCCCUCAGUAGGAAGGAGCUAGACUGCCAAAUCAGGAAUGACAUCAAGUGUGUUCUCUCUGCUUAAUGGGCCAACGUAUUCAGGCCAGACUUCCCCUCCUCAGCCCCAAGGUGUUGGGGGCCUGCUUGCUAACCAUGUAAGGCCAAUAUUUGAAAAUCAUGGCUAUCCCAAAGGAUCUCCCUUUCUGCUUUGGCGCGUGGCACCACUCCUUGGUUUCCUGUCUGGUACCAGAUGCUCUGCUUCUCACACAUGAGUUGAAGAGUUUGAAAUUUGUCCUUGUGCCUUGAAGAGUAGAAACAAUGGCUAAACUUUGACUUUCGAGCCAUAAACUAUGGUUUCCGUGCACCACUAAUGAUAGCCAUUUCCCAUGGCUUUAAAAAGAUGUCGAA